GGCUAGCAUAUUUGCCUUCUACCAGACUCCUCUACCCCAUUGGUCUGGCUCUGUCACAGGAAGAAGAUAGGUUUUGUCUUGAGCAGGGCCAAAUCCUGCUUCCAUUGGAGUCACAGGCACAAACCCCAUGGACUUCCCUGGGCUCAGGGAGCGGAAGAGCGCGCGCAAGGCUUGGAGCAGCAGCAGGAUGGAACGCUGCCCGGGGUCGCUGGCGGCCGCUGACAGCAGCAGUCGGGAACCAGGGCACCAACGGCCGUUGGCCUCGGUGUCGACCACCGCCACCCAACUGCUGCCCUUUCGAAUCUGGGCGCCCCUCUGGCCCGGGGAAAGGGGGCGGAGUCACGCGCAGCUCCACUGCCCUGGCACGCGCCAUUCUCCCUCCCUUGUUAGGCCCCCCUCUCCCGUUGCUUCUUUCUUCCAGCCUCUGCCUGUCGGUGUGUCUCCUGCGUGCGCUGCACUUGGUACGGCCCACCUGGAAGAUCAUGGCGAUUGAUGGUGGAGAACGAACCUGUGGUGUACAUGAGCUAAUCUGCAUUAGAAAAGUAUCUCCUGAGGCAGUUGGAUUUCUGUCAGCUGUUGGAGUGGUCAUUAUCCUCAUGUUGCUUCUUUUUCUAUAUAUUAAUAAGAAGAUGUGUUUUGAAAAUGUUGGUGGCUUCCCAGACCUUGAUUCAGGAUACAAUGCAAGGAAGAUUUCACAAGACAAACUUUACAACUCGUACAUGAAUAAAGACCAGAAUGGUUCCUCCUCUGAAAGUGAAGACGAGGCAGUGGGUAAAUACCAUGAGGCCUUGUCCAGAACACAAAGUUCCAGGCCACCAAUGGUAGAUAGCAGACAGCAAAAAAAUUACAUUUGGGAAACUAGACAAAAAUAUAGCCCUCUGUCUGCAGAGUAUGAUGGGUACAGUAGUGAAGCCUCAAUAGACGAAGCAAACUGUAUUCAAAGAAUGAGAAGAACACCUCCACUGGAUGAACUGCAGCCUCCGCCGUAUCAGGAUGAUAGUGGUUCUCCUCACCUCUCUUGUACACCCUCUGAAGUUGAUGACAGUAAAUGUGAAUUUUCCCACUGUAGCAACAGUCCAAGAUGUUCAUACAAGUGCCCAAGUGAGGGAAGCACUGGACAUGAAAUAGAAAGCUUCCAUAACAAAGGAUAUGAAGAGGAUGUACCCAGUGAUAGUACUGCUGUCCUUAGCCCAGAGGAUAUGUCAGCUCGAGGAUCAUCUUCACAGCUUCCUAAACCUUUUGAUCCUGAGCCAGUAGCUAAAUAUGGCACACUGGAUGUGACUUUUGACUAUGACUCACAAGAACAGAAGCUUCUAGUAACAGUGGCAGCUGUCACAGACAUCCCAACAUAUAACAGGACAGGCGGAAACUCAUGGCAAGUACAUCUAGUUCUCCUACCUAUAAAGAAACAGAGAGCAAAAACGAGCAUCCAGCGGGGACCAUGCCCUGUCUUCGCAGAGACAUUCAAAUUUAAUCAUGUUGAAUCUGAGAUGAUUGGGAAUUAUGCAGUUCGCUUUAGACUGUAUGGUGUACGUCGCAUGAAAAAAGAGAGGAUUGUGGGGGAAAAGAUUUUUUACUUAACCAAAUUGAAUCUUCAAGGGAAGAUGUCAGUACCAGUGAUAAUGGAGCCUUCUUACAGUCUUUCUGGCUGUGACUCUCAAAUAAGCAUGUCAGAAAUGUCCUGCAGUGAAAGUACCUCCUCUUGUCAGUCCCUAGUACAUGGCUCAGCUCCAGAAAUCCUCAUCGGCCUACUUUAUAAUGCCACAACUGGAAGACUAUCAGCAGAAGUGAUAAAAGGCAGCCACUUCAAAAACUUGGCAGCAAACAGACCACCCAACGGACUGUUCUGUUGUCUAAAACACUUGAUAGGUGGACAGGUUUAUAUAAUCCGAGAUACAUAUGUUAAGUUAACACUGCUGAAUUCCAUGGGUCAGGAGAUGUCCAAGUGCAAGACGUCCAUCCGCCGAGGGCAGCCAAAUCCAGUAUACAAAGAAACCUUCAUUUUUCAAGUGGCACUAUUUCAGCUUUCAGAUGUGACGCUCAUACUGUCUGUGUAUAAUAAACGCAGCAUGAAACGAAAAGAGAUGAUAGGCUGGAUUUCUCUAGGUCUCAACAGCUCAGGAGAAGAGGAACUAAAUCACUGGACUGAAAUGAAGGAAUCCAAAGGACAACAAAUAUGUAGAUGGCACUCAUUACUAGAGUCUUAAUAGGUAGUACCAAGGGUCAGUUGUGGUUCCAGGGAGUUCCAUGUUUAACAAGACUGUCCCUUAGUCACCACUAAGAGAUCUGUUAUGGAAGUAACAAAUUCAACAUUCCACCUUAAAGAUUGCACAGUGUGCGAUGGAGCGGAACAUUUUAUACAUUUUCUUCAAUUAAUUUGUCAGACACCUCACUAGUGUCACAUUAAACCUUUCUGUACACAGACGAGAUAGCAAUCGCUCCAUCCCCUUGAUGCUUUCAGUACUGUUUGGUUUGGGAUUAUUUUCAAUUUAGCAAUUCAAAUAUAUUUUAUGUAAAAAUCCCCAAAUUAUUAUAAAAUCCUCCUAUCAUCUUGGAUUUUUUUAGUGCUCGUAUAUUUUAGUUUCUGACCUGCCAACAUCCCGAUUUAGAGACAUUGGCCUUUAAUACAAGAAACAAAUUAUUAAAUUGUGACACAAGACAACAAAACAACAACAAAAAAUCACCACCACUUGGAAAGAAAGCUUAAUAGUGAAUAUAUUGCUAUUUUAGAUUGAUUUUGUUUUUUACGCACUUAGUUGCAUUAACUUUUUCAUUUCUGAUGUGAAAUUAGUUUGAAAAACUCUAGCACUCAGUGGAAUCAGGUGAACUUUGACAUAAAAUAAAUGUUUCUUCAAUCUGUGAUAGGAACAAGCUCCACAUUGUGGCAUAAAUUGGGUUUUUCCCCAUUUGCCUGUGCUGGUGCCUAACCCAAAGAGACCAGAUCACUGUUCUGGUCCCUUGCAAGUGUGUUGAGACAGGUUGUACUGUAAAACUAUGUAACUUUCUGUUGAAAGCACUUCCUGUAUUCAUGUAUUCCAAUAUAGGAAGCUCCUAGAGCGCGAGUUUACUAAAAAUAUCUUUUCAUUAAACCAAUUGAUAUGCAUUUCUUUAAAAUGUCAAUAUUGUGAAGAUUAUGUUGAAAGAUCACAGAAGAAACAGUAGUAGUUAAACUGCUAAGGCAAAGGACCAAUUCUAUGACUUUGGGGAAAAGAAAGAUAUUUUUGUUUCCAUGGCUGGUCAUGUGAAUUGCAGAGCUUCAAGAACCAUAAUUUCUAGUCUUGUUGGAGGACAAAUACAGGGGAUCUAGAAGAGAGUUAUUUCCUCUCUAUUUUCCAGGUGGCAGAGAGAAAUAGGGCUAACCCCUGAGUUGCCAGGGCUUGCAUGGAACAUUGAACUCCCAAAUGUAUGGGUCCAUUUGCUCUGCAUGUACUUAACGCUGGCACGGUUGGCUUCAUAGCAACAUCAUGGUAAAAAAAGAAAAAGCUGCAGCAUAAUGGACAAAUUUUGCCUUUGGAUAUGUACCCACAACUUCCACUGACAUCAGAGAGGUGUGGGUGUGUGUGUAGAGCUGAGGUUUGGGCCUACGUACCGUAAGUACAGUAGAGUCUCACUAAUUCACACUGAUGGCCAGAUCCAAUUCAGAUUACUAAAUAUUGUGGAUUAUUGAGUCAGUAAUGACACCGGUUUUAAAAAAAAAGAGUCAGGAUUCUCAAAAUGUAUUUUUUUUAUUUAUUACGAUAAUUUUCAUUUCAUCUUAAUUGCUACUCUACCAUAUGUGAGCAAAUAUACCAAAGUUUAUUUCUUAAAAGUAAUUAAGUCUUACUAAUGUGAGACCCCCCAGUGUAGCAUUCACUGAGAAGGAGGGUGCGAUCGCUGUAUUAUUUUUGGUGAGAAUUAUUGAUGUUGUAGUGAAUUUGGGUAAAGAAAGAAACUCUUUCUUGUUACCUCUGAACAGUUCAACCUUUAGGAUACAAAGACCGUCAGGUACUGUGUGAUUGCAUACAGCAAGUGUAUAAACUUAAAGAUACAUCAUGUGACUCUCAGAUACUCACAAUACUUAAAUGAUUUCAUAACCCCUUUCCUAAGAAAUUUCCAGUUACAGUUUUCAAUAGAUGUUAUUUCGUGCCUUUCAUAUCACACUAGUUGAAGCUGCUAAUACAAACGGAUGGUUGUAUUUGCAGAACUGGGCCUUCAAUUUUUAUUGGCUUAAGGAUUUCUCAGAACAUUGCCACAGGGAUUUUCUUUCCUGUCUUGCAUGUUGUUUUUUAUGUAAGGCACAAUAAAUUUCAUUUUGGUAAUUCAAACAUCCAAGAACUUUGAUUAGCCAGAAACAUUGUAAGUAGCAGUACAGUAUAAAGUGUUCCUUCCAGUUCUGUUUGUUGCUCAGUUUGUGAGGUGCAACUUCAAACUCGUAAAUGUUUAAAUAAAAAUAUACGUUAAUUUUAUGUAAAUAAGAAAAACCACCUCAAUUUCCCCAGCUCAUUUUGGUUUCACUUACAAUAGACAAACUUAUUUAAUGAGUUACUACCAGGAUAUAUGUCAUACGUAACCUCUCAAGGGUCAUAAACCACUUAUAUUUGUGAAUAUUUUGAAGCAGUCUUCUAAGAUCAAAUAUUGUCUGUCAAGAGUUGUCUCUUGUACAGGUUUCACUGUAUAAAGUGGUGUACGGUAUUUCACAGUAACUACUGAACAAGAUAAUUCCAUUGCAGAGCAUGGAAGAUCUCAGGUCACCACAGGCUAUAUUACAAAUUAAACUUGGUGAGUCUAUAACCUGGAAAAGGAAUCCAAACUACACUAAAUGAUGUGAGCAAUCAAAUUCCUUUUGAAAAGUGAUAUUGUUUAGGAAUGACAUUUUCAUAUAUUAACAAUUCUGACAUAUAAGACAUUAACAUAUUAAUUUAAACAAAACAUGUCUAGAUGCAUGUUGAGUACUAAUAAUCUAACCAGAUUAUUUUUGUUAGAUCGUGAUGCUUUUCCAAGAUUUUCAUAUAUGAUUUUCAUAGACUCCAGAUUCAACAAGUGUAUCACAAAAUUAAAGGUCUUACUUAUUUAGGCUCAUGCAGUAUAAAUGUAUAUGAAGAGCUUAAAGGAAUUUCUAAUUUUACAUGAACAUCAUAUACAGGUAAUAGAAUGUGGUUAGAUGUUUUUGUCUUUCAAAACUAAUCACAUCAUCAUCCACUGGAAUUCACAUGGGAAUUUUUAUAAAUUGGUGGUAGCACUGGUAACUGCUAUGUUGUUCUUUAUUCCCAGGUCAGUGUUAUGACUUGUGGUUUUGCUGGGGUUUUUGUUUUGUUAAUUGCUUAAUGUGAAUCUACACUCCCAUAUUCUAAAUCUGCCUUUAGAUAAAGCUUUGUGCAAACCUUACCCCAGUGGCUGAUGCACAGAGUCUUUUGUAUGCAUUCAGAUAAAACAAACCUCAACCAAGGAACAGACAAUCCAAAGAACAAAAACCCUGGUAUGUAGGAGAAAGAAAUCAGAACAGGGGCUUUGUGCUGGCCUCAAAAUUGUGCAUGAUUCUAUUUUCUCUUGACUUUUUCUGUUGUUUACCCUUCAGACUUCUGUUUUAAAGACACAGUCAGCCCUUAUAAGAAUUUAUCAAAUGAUUAAAUUAUUUUUCUCCUGUAUAUCAGGAUUCCACAGAGAUUACAAUCCUUGAACUGAUACUGGUUUUUGUUACAACACUGCAAUGGUUUUUUACCCCUUGGGUUGACAUAAACCAGCAAGGUUUCUUGGAGAAACUACACUU